AUGCGUGCGCACUUGCUUGGUGAUAGCACGUCUACAGCAUUUGCUCAAGAUAUUUUAGCCCUUGGAGAAGGGAAGGUUCCUAACAAUGAUAAGGGUGACAUAUCCAUCUCUGAACUGUGCAACACAGUGGACAACCCUUCUAAUCUUUUGGAAACAGUGUUCCCCAAUCUGGAAAGUAACUAUGCAGACAUCAAUUGGCUCAGUGAAAGAACCAUCCUGGCCCCCAAAAAUGGAGCUGUCAGUGCUGUCAAUGACCAACUCAUAAGCCGAAUUCUGGGUGAGGAGCGCAUCUACAAAUCGAUUGACCGGACCUGUGACCCCCAAGACAUUAUCAAUUACCCUAUCGAGUUUCUCAACUUAUUGGAGCCAGCAGGGCUUCCACCUCACAUUCUUAGGCUAAGGCUGUUGCAAACAUAUAACAUCAAUGUAACGUGCUUACAAAAGCUGAAGAACAUUAACAUUCAAAUUGCUAUUGAGAAACUUGGAAUUCUGAAUAUAAGUAUUCCAUGA